UUCAAUAUUGAUUUUGUUUGUAAACAAAGAGUUGUAUAAGAGAUCGUAAAAUGUGAAAUUUUGAAUAAUUCGAGUCGCGCACUUACCUGAAUUCUCUACAUAAUCGUUUUGACGAUAAACUGUUAAUUAGAAGUCAUGGACAUAUCCAAUUUAUGUCGCAGUUGUAUGAAAGAAGUGGCUUCAUGGGAAAGAGAAAACUUUGACGCCAGAGCUGUGGAAAUGUUUUGUUUCUGUACCAAUAUUAAGAUAAUGGAAGAUAUAAAGCUACCCAAACAGUUCUGCUAUGAUUGCACUAUAAAAAUAGAGUCCUGUUUCACAUUUAUAAAAGAAGCGCAGAAUGUUAACAUAACUCUUAAGAACAUUGCCUCAAGAAGUGACACGAGCAUCAUUAUUGAGCCUGAGUCUGUAAAGAAUUGUUUAACUGAACCAAAUAGACUAAGACUGACUCUACCAGAUUAUAAACUAUCCAUUGGUGUGAGUAAUUACACAGAACAGGACAUUUUUGAUGAGACAGACUAUAAUCGCAAUGAAAGUGCAAUUCUUACUACAGACUUACCAAUAUUACCCACUAAAACAAUUGAGUUAUUACAAAGUACUGAAAAAUGUAAUUUGCCCAUCCAUAAUGAAUUAGAAAGAAACAGCAAUUUGAAACUUGAUACAACAAUAAGCUCUGUAAAGAUUGAACCAAAAAGAGAUGAUAAUAUAACAGUUGGUGUGCCAGAAAGAGUUGCAACAAGAAAGAAUAAUGUAUGUAAAACAGAUGUGACUGUAUUAGAUGAGGCAAAAAAGUUAGCAUGCCCAGUGUGUAGGAAACAGUUUACAUCUAAGAAGUGGUACUCGAAACAUAUGGAUAAAGAACACUCCGGGCAUAAGUAUAACUGUGAACAUUGUCCCAAAUCAUUCUCCAAGCCGCUCCAGCUAGCGUACCACGCAGCAUGCCACUCGGACGAGAGGAAGUUCAUGUGCAACACUUGCGGGAAGGGCUUCAAGCGGCGCAAGCAGCUGACGGAGCACGGCCGCGCGCACUCCGACGCCCGGCCCUACGCCUGUGACCAGUGCGGCAUGAGCAUUCAAUCUGAGACUAAAAUACUGCCUUUUGUGGUUGAAUUGUUAUUGGAAGACAUCCCUGUGGUAUUGCAAGUAGAUACAGGAGCGAGUUUUUCAUUGGUAAAUGAAUACACUUGGAAGAAGAUAAAAUAUCAAAACAAACAGAUUACUCUUCGACCAGUGUCACUUACUCUACGCACGUGGACAAACACACCAGUGAUUUUACUUGGUCAAACAACACUUCAUGUUCAGUAUAGAAAUCUAAAAUGUAACCUAAAUGUAAUCAUAGCAAAAGGAUGUGGUCCUAAUCUUCUAGGACGGGACUGGUUGAACCCGCUGAACAUAACAUUGAACAUUAAUUGUAUAUCAAGCAGUGAUCUUGUAAACAUUGACAAGACUAUUUCAAAAUAUAGUGAAAUCUUUGAGGAUGAGCUGGGUACAUUUACUGGUGACCCUGUUACAAUACAUCUUAAACCAAAUGCUACACCUAGAUUUCUGAAAGCUCGUCCAGUACCAUAUGCCAUCAAAGCUAGAGUAGAGCAAGAAAUUGACCGGCUAGUGGCAGAGGGGGUACUACAACCCUUAUCUUUUUCUGAGUGGGCAACACCUGUUGUGCCAAUAAUAAAGAAGUCAGGGGAUAUCCGGCUAUGUGGAGAUUACCGUAGUACUGUCAAUCAAGCUACUGAAUCGGAUACUUUUCCUAUGCCGACAGCCAAUGAGGUAUUUGCUACAGUGGCAGGUGCAAAGUUUUUUACAACAUUAGACCUCGAUCGAGCAUACACACAAGUAAAAGUUACUGAGAGUACAGCCAAAAUGUUAACUUUAAAUACAUGCAAGGGCCUAUAUUCAGUUCAUCGGUUACCAUUCGGAGUCAAAGCAUGCCCUGGAAUAUUUCAGAGACUUAUGACAGCAUUACUGGCAGGAAUCCAGGGUGUUUCAGUUUUAAUUGAUGAUAUCAUAGUGAGUGGUCCUACAAUACUGAUUAUGCAACAAAGACUUGACAAUGUUUUAAAACGUAUACAGAAAGCUGGAUUCCAUCUUAACAAGAAUAAAUGUAAAUUUGCUCAAGAAAAAGUAGAAUUUUUAGGUUUUGUGAUCAAUGGAGAUGGUAUACACCCAGCUCCAAGUAAAGUGGAAGCUAUUUUAAAAACACCAGAACCUAAGAAUGUACGGGAGUUGCAAGCAUUUUUAGGCUUGUAUAACUUUUAUGAAAGGUUUAUACCUCAUAAGGCAACAACAUUGGAGCCGUUACACAGACUACUAGAUAAAUCUCAAACUUGGAGAUGGACCCAAAGAGAACAGGAUGCAUUUAAUAAAGCAAAACAGUUGCUAACAUUUGAAACAACAUUGGUUCAUUAUGAUUUGAAUAAACAUGUAAUUCUAACAUGUGAUAGUUCAGAAUAUGGCGUUGGAGCAGUGCUAUCACAUGUUAUGGACGAGGGACAUGAACGGCCUAUUGCAAUGAGCUCUAGGACAUUAAAUGCACAUGAGCGAAGAUAUUCACAGUUAGAUAAAGAGGCUACUGCGAUUAUGUUUGGCAUUAAAAAAUUUCACAAUUAUAUAGCUGGCAGACAAUUUACAAUAGUGACCGAUCACAAGCCGUUACUAGGAAUAUUUGAUCCUAAAAGACCUAUGCCAUCCAUUUUAUCACCUCGGCUAACAAGAAUCGCUAUAGCAUUAACAGCACAUGAUUAUAGUAUUACUUACCAACCUGGAAGUCAAAUUGGCAAUGCAGACAGUUUAAGUCGAUGGCCGCUACCAGUUCCAGAGCAAGAAGAUCAAUCUUUGUGUGAAGUAUUGCUAAUGGCAGAAAAGGUGGAAGAUUUUCCCUACACAGCUCAUGAGAUAGCUUCCGAAACUACAAAAGAUCAGACACUUUCACGAAUUGUACAUUUCUUAAGAUGUGGAUGGCCAGGCAAAGUUACUGAUAGGGAUCUACGAACAUAUUGGUUGCAUAGAACAGAGUUGUCUUUACAAGAUGGAUGUAUAUUAUUAGGAUGCCGCGUUGUUAUACCACCAUCCCUUCGACAAACCAUCCUACGCAUGCUUCAUACUACUCAUAAUGGAAUUGUUCAUACCAAGGCAUUGGCUAGGAGUUAUGUGUGGUGGCCACAAUUGAGCGACGACAUAAGUCGACUAGUUCAAAAUUGCACUAAGUGUCUGGAAAAUAGACGUAUGCCUGAGAAAUCGUCUCAUGAAUGGAUUCUUCCAUCAAGACCAUGGUCCAGAAUACAUAUCGAUUUUGCAGGGCCAUACAUGAAUAAAACAUUUCUUAUAGUAGUCGACGCUUUUUCUAAAUGGCCUGAAGUUUUUAUUGUAAGUAGCACAAAUUCUAGAACAGUGAUUGGCCAUCUAAGAAAUUUGUUUGCUACUCAUGGUAUUUGUGAAACCUUGGUCUCAGAUAAUGGUACUUCCUUUGUAUCUCAAGAAAUGAAAUUAUUUCUAGAAUCAAAUAAAAUAAGACAUGUGACGUCAGCACCUUACCAUCCUGCCACCAAUGGCUUGGCAGAGAGGAUGGUACAAACUGUAAAAGACAAACUACGCAAAAUACAUGGACCAUGGGAAGUUAAAAUUCCAAAUAUGUUAUUAGGCCUACGUGUUACACCAUGCUCUUCUACAAAUAAGAGUCCUUCAGAGCUUUUAAUGAAUAGACGCCUUCGUACUGUCAUGGAUACUUUGCAUCCAGAUAAUAUACAACAUAAAAAUAGAAAGUCAAGUAAUAAAAAAUGCACAGCAGAAAAACAGACAAAGUAAUAUAGGACAAAAUGUAAUGUAUAGAAAUUAUAUAAAAGGACCAAAAUGGUUACCUGGACAAAUCAAGGAAAAAGACGGUCCAUCCAGCUAUAAGGUACAAACAGGAGAAGGAACCGUCUUAAGACGACAUAUGGACCAGAUUAUUAAAGUAAAAGAGAGUGAGAACCUACCACCAACAAGUGGAACAAGUGGUGGAAAUAAUGAAAUAAUUGAUGAUACAGAGACAGGGGAUGAUGAUAAAGCCAAUCAGGAAGAAGAAAAUCAGUAUGAAAUAGAAACAGACCCUAUAAUUGAAAUACCGAGUGCUGAGAAAUGGGAGGAGAUAUUAGGAAUACCUAAAUCAGCAGAGAUUGAUAUGCCCGGAGGAAAAAUUAGAACAAAAAGAAAUGUUUAUCAUAAAGGUCCAUAUUAUAGGCCGAGUCGUUCUAAGGAAGAUGAUGGUUAAAUUUAUGUUUAUGCUAUGUAUAUCUUUUAAAUACUUUGCUAUUGUAUUUGGGAUUUAAAUUUGUUACUUACUUAUUAAUUAGUAGUUAAUUAGUAAUAUACUUGGGAGGAAGGUAUGUCAUGUAUAUAAUCUACAUAAAUUCUGUGUCUUUUCUAAACUUUAGUUGAAUUAGGUAGGUAGUUGAAUAAUUACACUUUACAACUGUCAUGUCUUGCUACCUAGCUCAAUAAACGUUAUCUAAAUUAUAAA